AUGGGUGGUGCAUUGAUUGGUAAUGAAAACAAAAAGAUAAUCAAAAGAAAUGGUGUAAAAAGAGGAGCAAUGAUAGUGAUUGCAACAUUGGCAAUGAAGAAAUGUAAGGUAGGCGAGUAUUCCUUGAACAAAUCACAUGGCCACUUUACAAGAGACUCUCCUUUGGGUAAAGAUUUGGUGUUGGAAUCAAAAUCAAAGAUUGCUCCUGGUUUUAGUCUGCGUUGUGACUUGAAAUAUCCUAUCCAAGAAUCGAUGUCUGUAAAAUCCCAUUCCUUUGGGUCUAAAUAG